AGGACAGAGAUGUUUCUAGAUUGAUUCAUAUUCACCCUUCAUGAAGAUGAGCACAGAGCGAGAAGCUAGCCACGCUGUGCUCCUCAUUGCCUAGCUCAGGACAUAUUUUCUCCCUUUAUGACCCAAUGCAGAGCGAGACGAUAACUAAUUAUUGUUAAAUAGAUUUAUGCACAUGUUUGGAGAGUCCGGAGAAGGAGGGCUGAUGAGAGAGAGAGGCUCCUAAAUUCUGCAGGAAUUCAGGGCGGGGAAAAUUUAGCCGAGUCAUCACAUUUGGCUACUACCCGGGAAAGCAGCCCUCCCGAGUCAGGAACGGGCUCCGGUUCAUCACGUGGCAGCCGCCUGCAGGAGCCACAGAUUUUUAGUUCCUAAUGCAUUUGGGACGACUGUUUCAAGUUCCAUGGACCAAAGACAGAGGAGAAUCCUGGGCCAGCCCCUUUCCAUCCCUACUUCCCAGCCCAAGCAGAAAAGGACAUCAAUGAUAUCUUUCUUUUCCAAGGUCUCUUGGAAACUGAGGUUCCAGAAGCGGGAGCCUCUGAAGAAUGUGUUUUUUAUCUUGGCAGAAAGAGCUCGGGACCCCAGUGCUAAAAAGCGUCACAUGGCAAUGAGAAACUUGGGAACCAUGGCCUAUGAAGCCCCUGACAAGGUGAGAAAGUAUAAGAAAAUUGUCCUCGACCUGCUGGUGUAUGGACUGUAUGACCCUGUGAAUUUGGAAGUCAUCCAUGAGAGUAUGAAGACUCUGACCGUCGUUCUGGGCAAGAUCCAGGGGAAAGGUUUGGGUUCCUUCUUCAUAGAUAUCACCCUUCAGACCAGGACUUUAUUAGAUGAUGAGAACGACAGUCUGAGAUACUCGGCCUUUGUUUUGUUUGGGCAAUUGGCUGCCUUUGCCGGGAGGAAAUGGAAAAAAUUUUUCACCAGUCAGGUUAAGCAGACACGAGAUUCCCUCCUGAUCCAUUUACAGGACAGAAAUCCCCAGGUUGCCAAGGCUUGCAAAACAACAUUUCGAGCCUGUUCUCCAUAUCUGAAACUAAAGGAGGAAUACAGCUUCCAGAGUGAAGAAGAUCAAAGGAACACUAAGCUCUACCGGCAGCUGAGCCACUAUCAUCCAGAGAUCCUGCAGUUCUUCUACGCAAAUAAAAUUCUGUAAGCGCAGAGCAGCAGGGAAAUGGUUCUGUAUGAGUGCAUUGCUGAGCCAUCAUGUUCCCCUGUUUUAUCUCACUGGAUGCCUCUUCUCACUGCUUGCCUCUUGGGAUUGUAAUGGAAAAGAGGGUGCUGUGAGAGCAAUCAAAGGCAAAAAUAAUACAUGGAAUUGUAUGAUUAUAUCUAAAGUAAAAUUCUAGACUGCUUUCACUUAUUUCAUUUCCUCCCUAUACAAAUUUGAUGAGCAGGUACACACUUUCUUUAAAACAUUCCAAGUGUAUAUAGAUUCAGUGCUUAUUUCUCAGCUUUUUCUUUCUUAAGUUCAUCUCUGUCACCUAGCUUUUAUUUUUAAUACUCACUUUCUGAGGCUUAGGAGAAUACUUGUUACCUUAAGCGUUUUUUUGUUUUUGUUUUCUGUUUUGUUUUUUUUUUAGUGUAUUUGCUAUUGAUACUUUGCUAUUGAUACAUUUUCUUGCCAAGAUUUAUUUAAAGUUGGCCAAGAUACCAAGAAGGUGGCUUGCAGGGGCAUCUUUGGCUUCUCAUAAUUUUAAACAGUCAUUGCUUUCAAGAUCAUCCUAAACAAGAAUUAAUAGAGAGAAAAAAAUCUAUAAAGCAUGUGUUGAAAAUCCUCAGGCUCAUGAUAACUUAUGGGAUAACGAUAGUAGGUAACAUCGAGUGCUUACAAUUCAGUGGGCACGGUCAAAGUGCUUUUUGUAAGUUCUAUUUAAUACUUGUGGCAACCCUGAGAUAGUAAGUACUAUUACUGUUCUCAUUUUAUAGAUGAGAAAGCUAACACAUAGGGAAAUUAGGUAACUUGCCCCAGAUAACUCAGUAAACAGUGGAGCUGGAAUUCAAACAUGUACGGUCUGACUUCUUGAGCCCAUACUCAAUAAUGAUGCCAUCCUGCCUUUCCGUGGAAUAACUGAUGGAUGGUUAGAAAUGUUAAAAACAAAGCAAAUGCAAACAUCUCUGCUUCUGCUCCUCUACUAAGCCCAGUUAACUUUUGAUUUUAUAUGUACUAAGUAUACAUUUUUAUUAAUUUAUGUGAGCUGAGUGUUUUUAUUAAUUACUUUUUGGCUAUUAAUGUCAAUUAUUUUGGUGAUCAAUCCUAGUUAUCCAAGGAAUCACAUCACUCAUAAAAAUUACAAGAAAAAUCUCUAAGUCCCUGUCACCCUCCCUCUAACCAGGUUGCGUCCCAAGCUUCUAUAGAAACUCUGGUACCACCCCUGAAUUCAGUAUCCAGACCACACCCGGAGCGUUUUGUUCAAGACAAUUUAAAACACGGGAGAUUAUAAAAGCUACAGCUGGAUCUUAAAUGGCAUUCUGAGAACGAGGAACUCAAUUUUCUGCUGUGGCUCCCAGGGACAGGGUGGUGUGACACAGAUGUGGGGAUGAGGAGAGCCCUAGGCGAGAUGAGGAUGUGGGAGAUGGCAGACAGAGUGGCAAGUGCCAGGCAGGAAUGGAUUUUCUUCCUUCCUGUUUUGAAUCUGAAGAACAUGACAGCAAGAGAUUUUAGGAGGGACACAGGCUCAAGAGCAAAUGGGUGGUUCUGAGCUGUAAGCCCCCUGCCCCUCCCCAGCACCCGCUCCCCGGAUGUUGGCCUCUUUGAAAUUUUGUUGCAAGGUUGGUUUAAACUUGAUGCAGUUCCAUUAAGUGAUCAGUGAGUGGUCUGAGAAAUGGCUGCAUGUGGCUGGCAUUCAAAAAGGUGGGGAUAGGGUGAGAUGGGUGGGGUUACGUGCUCUAGAGUAGAAAAACCUAUGCAGUUAAUGUCCCUCUGUCGGUUAAAAUUGUGGAAGAUGCGGUUGGAUUAUUUGACUUUAAGAUUCAAUGGUAGCCUUUUAUUUUGGUGGCCCCCAAUGAGUCAUGCCUCCUGAUACUCAUGUCCUUAUUUAGUCCCUUCUGUUUGAAUCUGGGCUGCCUUUGUGACUUGCUUUAAUCAGGAGAUUGUGAUAAAUGGCACUGUGCCGGGCCUAGAAACCCUGGCAGUUUCCUCGUUUGAAUUGUGGGGGAAGCCAGCUUCCACAUAAGGAGUUGAACUACCAGGAACAAAUGAGAGUGCCUGAGAUCACCAUGUGAAGGAGAACGGAGACACCCAACCCACAGCAGAGUCCGAGGCCCAGACACAUGACACAAGUUGUCCCUUCCAGCCAGACCCGAGCUGUUGAAGCUACUCCAGCUGACACCAUAUGGAAAAGAGACGAGCGUCUCCAUCAAGCCUGUGUCAAUUGCGGAAGCAUGCACAAAGAAUCAAAUGAUUGUUGUUUUAAGUCAUUAACCUUUGGGAUAAUUUGUCAUACUGCAAUAAGUAACCAAAGAAGACUCCUUAUUAUUAACUGUUGUCUUGGCUAAUUUUGUUUUGCUCUUCGUAAGUCCUCUUUGAGUUUAAAUUCUAUUUCCAGAAAUUUAUGUUAUCAUGAAAUUUGGUGGCAAGAGCAAGGGACUAUGUUUUUUUGUUUGUUUGUUUCUGUUUCUCACCAUACCUACCACAGAGCCUGGCCAUGUGAUUAAGGAACAUUUGCUGAAUGACUAAAUGAUUCCAAAUUGUAGAGGGAAUAAAGUCCAAUGUCCCGUCUGCCAUUUCAGGCUUUCAACCUUCCUUUUCUUCUGUUACUCUCUUUGCUUCAGCCAAGUUUGGGUCCUUUCUCUUCUCUCAACAUGUCUUGUUCUCCUAUACCCCCUCACCUUUGCUCAGUCUGCUAUUUCUGUGUUGAGUCCCCUCCCUGCUCACCUGUACACACCCACCUGGACUCACAUGCACACACACACACACAUUUCACGCGUAUCUCUUAUCUGUACUCCAACGCCUAGGUCAAAGUCCUGAUCCCCCCAAUCAGGGGAGAGCUCGAGUCUCUGAAUUCCCAGAACAUUCUAGCAAUAUUAUACCACUUAUAUCUUAUCUGAAAAGUUUUUUUUUUGUAUAUGGCUUUAUGUUUUUUUUUUUUUUUAUUCUGUUAGAUUGAAACUACAGAAGGCAGGGCUGUAUCUUGUACAUCAUUGUAUCUCCCUGGUGACUGCAAAAGUACUCUGUAAAUGAAUGUUGAUUAGGGGGAAAAAUGUCAGAAAGUCAUCUGAAGCUGUCAUUCCUUCCUGGGAGGAGCCCAUUUUGACAAAUGAGGGUCAUCAAUUUCAUUCCUUAUAACCAAUGUACAGGUUACUUUUAUGCUUGUGCAUUUCAAGUUUCCCCUUCCCCACGUUUAUUUGAAUGCCAACCCAAAGGUAAUGUUUUGACAUUUCUUAAUUUUGAACAUUGAUUUUGAACCUUAUUGAGCAGUUGAAUGAAAGAAAGAAAAAAGGUAUGUUCAAGUGCCCCGACCCUCAUGCUAAGUGCCCAGGGUAGAGCUAUGCUUGGUCCCCUGUGUCCCUGGUGCUCAUGAGAUAGGUCUUUCUUUCUUUAUUUUUAUUUUUGAGAUGGAGCCUCACUCUGUCACCCAGGCUGGAGUGCAAUGACACGAUCUCGGCUCACUGCAACCUCCACCUCCUGGGUUCAAGCGAUUCUCCUGUCUCAGCCUCCUGAGUAGCUGGGAUUACAGGUGCCUGCCACCAUGGCUGGCUAAUUUUUUAGUAGAGACGGGGUUUCACCAUGUUGGCCAGGCUGGUCUCAAACUCCUGACCUCAAGUGAUCUGCUCACCUUGGUCUCCCAAAGUGCUGGGAUUACAGGCGUGAGCCACCGCUCCUGGCUGAGAUAGGUCUUUCUUAAAGGGGAGAGGGAAGUGGUGGAGAGAGAGGAGAGAAAAUGACAAAGGAGGAGGCCGAGAAUCUAACAGGUGUGACCAAUUCUGCUACUGAAUGAGAGCAGAAGCCUGUGAACUUCCAGUUAAUAGACCACUUAAUUGGGGGAACGCUUGACACGUUAUAAAAAAGCACUAGAAUGUUUUGAAAGCGAGAAACAACAGCUGUGUAGGGUAGCUAGCAGUUAAUGUUGUACAGAAGACAGAUAUUUGUGCAUUUCUGCAUUUUCUAAGUUUGCUGCAAUGAGCAUGUAUUACUUUCAUAGUUAUAAAACACAUGCAAAGUGCCCUUUUAAAAUGAAAAAAAAGUCCAUGAGUGUAAGUGAUAUAUAUGCUUUGGAAAGCCUGGGAUGGUCAUUGUUUACUCUCAAUAGUAUGUGUUUGCCUUUGUCUUUUUGAGACAUUUUGUUUUAAUCUGUUGAUGACAAUAACCUGUUGAUAAUAUAACUUGAUGACAAAUAAAAUGACUUAUGAUUGA